AUGAUUGCCAAAAACGACAUCGGAAACCCCGGCGAGAUAAUUGUGUUCACUGGGGCACAGCGCCCGGAUCUGCUAGCUCGUACAAGCAAGGAUGACUGCCCCCUAAUCGACCUCUGGCCUGAAUUUUUUGAUGGCGGGGCUUCCUCCCAACGGUAUUUCCCGAGGCUAUACGAGCUCCCCCAGCUUGCGAGAUUCCAGCUCAUUGCCGUCCACACUCUUGGCGGAAAGGAGACCAUCGUUGGCAACGGGAACUCUACUCCCUUCUUCUGGACGGAGUUGGCAAAUAUCGGAAAUGACUGCGAGUCACCACGUUUUGGGGCUGUCUUGCGGACCCUUCCAGACGGAGGGUUUGAUACCAUCCUCGCCCGAGGUGUUAAUCAGGCGGUUGUUCGAAAAGGAAAGAAGAUAACUCCAGGGGCACUCACACAGGACCAGGUCUUGGAUAUGCCGACAUGGACUCUUAAAAACACGCCCAAUGCUCUGUCUGCCCUGGCUAUUGCCGUUCUCCCUGAGUGGAGACGCUACAACGUUGCAGAGAUGCUCAUCAAGGAAAUGAAGGAGAUCGCAAAGAGGGAAAGCCUCGCCAUUCUUGUCGUACCGUUAAGACCUACCAAGAAAACCCUGUUCCAGGAUGUCGACAUGGCAACCUACGCUGAGUGGCGUCAAGAAGCUGCGAGCGUGCCGGGACAUGGAGAGACCACUGUGAAGAAGAGCGAGGCGCUGAGAGAGGAGAUUAACGGACAUCAGCUGGCGGUGAUUGAGAAGGUGGACGAGGGAAUCAAUGUGGAAGCCAAUAGGCGUCUUGAUGGAGAUAUCAGAGAGACGGCCAAACGGAGGAUCACUGAAAAGACAGACAAGGACUCGGAUGGCGUAAGCAGCGAUAAUGAUGCAGUUCAGGGCCAGCCAAAACUCGUCCCCUUUGACCCAUGGCUGCGCAAACAUGUUCGUCUCGGGGCCAAAAUCGUCAAAGUUGCGCCGGUUAGCAUGACCUUCAGGGGAAAUGCCGCCCAGUGGGAGAAAUGGACAGGCAUCGACGUUCGCCAGCGUGCACAGGAGAUGGUUAAACUCCGAGAAAGCGUCUGGGUCCAGGACGACAAGGAAGUGCCCGUUUCUUUCCAGGUUAAGGGGUGUCUGGCUCCUAUGAAGUACUAUCCCAGCAGAGAUAUCGGCGAAUACGUAGAGCCGAACCUCUGGUUAUUUCACUCUGUCGUCUGA